AUGGCCACUCUCGAUACGAUACCAGCAGAGAUCCGCCUCAAGAUCUUCGAGCAAUAUAUUCGGGACUGGACUUGCAGAAUCGCUCUCACUAUCACACCGUCUUGCUCCAACCAUUCCUUCACCAGUUCUCACCGCUCCCACCGUUACUCCGAUGACAGAGGCCACAUCCGCACGAGGAGCCAGCUACUAAUCAAUUCCACUCCUGUCGUAUACGAUAACCUGUGCACCGGUCUCCUGGGCAGUAACCGCAAGAUUCGGCGAGAAUUCAUCGCUUGCUUGGGCAAAGAUCUCCAGUUGGACGUCUUCGCCUGCAGCGACGUCUGCGAUAACUGCGAUAACAUCGACAAUGUCUCAGACUUCGUCGACGAACCUCGGAGAGGGCUGGUCAAGACAAUUGGAGUCGAGAUCCGAGGCGGCAUGGUAAAACUGAAGCCACAGAGAUCGAUCUCUGAUGGCUUUCCAAUAAUUCGCAAGGUGUCUAUCCCGAGACAUUGGCAACCAAUUCAUCUUGGAGACGAGCUGAUCGGAGCCUGCUUCCGCAGUGUCCACGAUACCAGGUUUUACGACCCCGGCAUCCAUGUGCAGCAGGUUUCCGAUACUGAUGUGCAGCGUCUAAGAGAAGUCUCUGAGGCUCAAGCUCUCGAGAUGUUCUCUAGUUGGCUGCGACACCUGGAUGCGACCACGACAAGUGGCAACGGACCAGAGUGCGAAUCGUCCAUGACGGUUGGAAAGGUCAAACACUCCUUCACAGGCAAUGGUCGUGAUACAUGGUCGGGGGACUAUGCAACAAUCCUCGUCAAGAAAGCACCCAGUGGCUCCAUCUCAUUCACUUUUACUCCAGUCGAUACCCUCGACAAAGCAACUCGAUGGUUUGAUAGAAAACUGGCGAAGGAGCGUGAUCUCGUUCAGAGCGGCCGUAGAUCGAGCUAUUCACCUUUUAUGAGGCGGUUCCAGGGGCAACAGCCAGGCAAUACUGCACCUCAACGCACGUUCAUUUGGUUCUGA